GAAAACACAGCUGCACAGACAAUAGUCUCUCCGCAGAGCUUCCUCCAUCUGCUGUCAGCGAUGUCCACUCACGGCAGCGUCCUUCUUUUCAUCACUCUGUGGGCGUCCAUGCAGGAUGGUCUGGGUCUGCCGGUGAUGGAGCAGCUGAGAGAGGAGGCUGCCGAUGACGUUCCAACACAAAGAAUGAGGGCGAAGCGCUGCGCCUGCAGCAGCCUGCUGGACUCAGAGUGCCACUACUUCUGCCACCUGGAUAUCAUCUGGGUCAAUACUCCCAGCAAGACGACAGUUUAUGGUCUAGGCGGCGCUCUGUCCCGUCGCAGAAGGUCCACUGGCCGCUGCACCUGUGCCAAACCCGAUGACCAAUCCUGUACCAGCUUCUGCCGUUACAGCCCUGAAGUCAAAUCGGUGAGGAGACGUCAACUCAGCAUACUCAGCAUCCUGAGAGCUUCAGCCGGCAGGCCCAAGAGAACUCCGGACGCAGCUCAUUCAUACAGAGGCGGAUCUCCUGGGGCUCAGCGUAAGAACACACGCUGAACAAAGCGGCUGUUGAGCAGCGAGUGCGAGAGAGAAAGAGAGCGGCGAGCACCUGAACAAAUGGCACUCCCUUGAAAGAGAGGAGGGACAGAAAAAAGGGCCGCUGAAAGACGUGUCUAACGCAGGAAGGCCAAAGCGCCACAGAGAUGUCUGUUUGUACCUGGAAACAGACGGUUGGAAAACACAACAGAGUUCUGCGGACAUGUCAAGGUAAACCAGAUGUGGUGGAUCAGCACUGAGAUGAGCUACUACUGUAUCAGGACAUGAGACAUGCGACAUGCUGUCUGUGUUUGAGUUGGACUGUCGCGUCGGCAAGAGGUGUACAGACGGGCCCGCAACACCGACGUACUGACAGAGAGGAAGGGACAGGCCUACUGUGCAUUAAUGCACAGGGAUUUCUGACUAACAUGUCAUCAUUCUAUUGAAAAUGACUUUUUUAUUCUUUGUUUUAUGGAUUGUAGAUUUACUAUUUAAACUGUGUGGAUGGCUCCUUAAUGAAAAAAGUAUUGUAGACUUGUUUGAAAUUAUGUUAGACGUCAUAUUCAGAAUGGCAAAUAUGGAUCACAACACCACUGUAUCAAACAUUAAUUGUGUGCAAAAUAAAUCUGAAUCAUGAUUUUUC